AUGAUCGGAAAUAUCGACCGGACAAUCCCUGAAUCGAGGAGACAAUUGACAAUGGUGCCGUCGUCGCUCUCAACAGAAGAAGAAGAAGAAGAGCCUAGGGCAGUGAGAAUAUCCGAGGAGCAGCAGGUGGUUGGCAAGAGUGUUCUACUUGGGUUGGGGUACUACUGCAGAAAUAAACAUAUAACGAUUUGCAAUGCUCCUCCGUAUUCUCCUUGUCCUGUCUUAGUCAGCCUUUAUGCUGCCAUGGGCCUUCAUAGUUACAAUUUGCUCCAGGGGAAAAGCUUCAAGUUUAGUCGUGUGCUGGAGUACAGCAAAACCUAUGGUUCUCCUGCAGCUUCCACCUACCGCAUGGCUUUGGAUGCCAUGGAUCCAUGUCUCAGUUCGGUUCGAGUUUUUGAGACUAGUGUGACUGAAAAAUCUUAUGGGAAAUUGUCUUUGAGGUGCAAUUUUGCCAUACCUCUUGGGGAAACCAGGAAAAUCUAUAACAUCAUAGAUGAAAUCAGGAGAAGCAGGGAAGCGUCGAUGGAAUACAAUCUCACAGGUUGCAUGCCUGAGAUGCCGCCACUGGAUCCUUUCCAAGAUACAAAUCGAUUUUACUUGCUGAACAAGUCGGAGGUGGAAGAGAAUGAGUGGAUUCGUAUGUAUCUGGAUCUUGCAUUUGCCGCAACUCAUAGGGGCACCUCUAAAGCUCCUGAUCUCUCCAAGCUGGAGAUUGUGGAAGUUGCUGUCUCUAUUGAUACUAGUGAUGAGGAGGGCCCUGGACCUGGACCUGGACUUUGUCGCCCCACUAAUGCAGUUUUCUACAUAAGGCACAUGGACCGGAGCACUGCUCGGGUUGAGAAAAACGAUGUUGAUCGCAUUGCUAUCGUCAGAAGAAUCUACAAUCCCCGGACCGGAUGCUUCAGUCUUAUCGGUCAGAUCCUCAGCUCUCAAACUAUACCAAAACCAAUAAUGGAUGACAAUCCGAGUCUCACAGUGGCGACGAUUCUCUAA